AUGGCUUCUUCUAGGAAGAGUUUUCUUUCAAGAUCAAGUUACAUUUUUCCAACAACCUCAGAGAUAGAGACAAGUUUCAAUACAAAAUCAUCAGAAGCAACUGAGUUCGAGCUCGAUGAAGCCGAUGUAUGGAACAUGUCGUAUUCAAAUUCAAAUUCCAACAACAUGACAGAAUCAAAGAAGUAUGUACUACCAGGUUUGAAGAGAGGUUCUAGAAAAAUGGAAUCCAACAAUAGAGUUAACCCUAUAGCUUCAUCUUCUUUACCGAUGAAUAUACCGGAUUGGUCAAAGAUCUUGAAGGAUGAAUACAAGAAGAAGAACAAAGAGAAUAGUGACGAUGAUGAAGAUGGUUAUGAUCGAGAAACUCGUUUACCUCCUCAUGAGUAUCUUGCAAGAACUAGAGGAGCUUCUCUUUCUGUUCAUGAAGGGAAAGGUAGGACUUUGAAAGGUAGGGAUUUGCGUAGUGUUAGGAAUGCUAUUUGGAAGAAAGUUGGUUUCGAAGAUUAA